AGCCGAGCUGCCGAGCUGAGCCUAGCCGAGCUGCCGGGGCUGCUGAGCUGUGCUCUGCUGAACACGUUCCUCUCUGUCCUUCCGUGGCCCUUGCACUGUUAAUCAGUAGCGGAUCGUCCCGCCCAGCAGCAGGAAGAAUCGGCGAGUGGAGAAGCUCCGGUUUGUCGCCUGGAAGCCAGUGGUGGCUUCCCCUCCCCCCACCCGCUCCCGCGGCUCGAAGAAGCUGUUUCUAAUUGUCGCGGCACUGAGCUGAGCUCCCUUUGUUUCCCUGCGCGCUUUCUGCUGCUGUCUCUGCGUUGUCCGGCACCGACACCUAGAGGCUGGAACUCGGCAUUGCAUCUCAGAGCUUUACCUGGACUUGACCUCACUGAAGAUGCUAGUGUGUCAGUAACCAGCAACUGCUGUUGAGUGCAACAUAUUAAAAAAGACUUGGGGCGUGAUUGCCAACUACGACAAGCUAGAGGCGGGGCUGCUGUUCUAGGCAGAACUCUGUUGUUCCAAAGUUUUAAUGCAUAACCAGCUGGUCUUUUAAACUGUUGCAGGAGUUGGAAUUUUUUUUUUCAUUGUAACAAGUGUUGAUUAGGAGAAGUGAGCCACAAAGAAAUCAAGAUGAGUAAAAGCAAAGAUGAUGCCCCCCACGAGCUGGAGAGCCAGUUUAUCCUACGUCUGCCUCCAGAAUAUGCCGCUACUGUGAGAAGGGCAGUGCAGUCUGGACACGUCAACUUAAAAGACAGACUGACUAUUGAGUUACACCCUGAUGGGCGCCAUGGCAUUGUCCGAGUGGACCGGGUCCCUCUGGCCUCCAAACUGGUGGAUCUUCCAUGCGUCAUGGAAAGCUUAAAAACCAUCGAUAAAAAAACCUUUUACAAGACCGCUGAUAUCUGCCAGAUGCUUGUAUGCUCAGUCGAUGGGGACCUCUAUCCUCCCGUGGAGGAGCCGGUUGCGACUGCUGACCCCAAAGCCAGCAAGAAGAAGGACAAGGACAAAGAGAAGAAGUUUGUCUGGAACCAUGGCAUCACACUGCCUCUGAAAAAUGUCAGGAAGAGAAGAUUCCGAAAGACAGCCAAGAAGAAGUACAUCGAGUCUCCAGAUGUGGAGAAGGAGGUGAAGCGGCUGCUGAGCACGGAUGCAGAAGCCGUGAGCACUCGCUGGGAGAUCAUUGCUGAAGAUGAAACCAAGGAGGCGGAAAAUCAAGGCCUGGAUAUCUCUUCCCCGGGGAUGUCCAGCCACCGGCAGGGACACGACUCCCUGGAACACGAUGAACUCCGGGAGAUAUUCAAUGAUCUCAGCAGCAGCAGUGAGGAUGAAGAUGAGGCGCAGCACCAGGAUGAAGAGGACAUAAACAUCAUAGACACCGAGGAAGACCUGGAGAGGCAGCUGCAGGACAAGCUCAACGAGUCCGACGAACAGCCCCAAGAAAACGAGGGCACAAGCCAGCUGGUGAUAGGAAUCCAGAAGCAGAUUGACAAUAUGAAAGGCAAGCUUCAGGAAACCCAGGACAGGGCCAAACGACAAGAGGACCUCAUCAUGAAAGUGGAAAACCUGGCUCUGAAGAACAGGUUCCAGGCUGUGCUGGACGAACUCAAGCAGAAGGAAGACCGAGAAAAGGAGCAGCUCAGCUCUCUGCAGGAAGAACUGGAGUCGCUCCUGGAGAAGUGAGACAGAAUUAGUCAUGUCAAACCUGACUGGGCAGUGGGAAGAGAAUCUGACUGUAAUUUUUUCUGGCUCUUGACUGUACAGUGGUUCCCAUCCAUUCCCACACUGGAAGCUCUUUUUUUUUUUUUUUUUUAAUCAUGUUGCUACUCAGAAACCCUCUGCUAGGUGUUCAUGCUACGGAAUGCAGAAAGAAUGGGAAAGGAAAUCAUUGCCAGGGAGUCGUAGGGUUUGAUGGCAUGAGCACUGGAACCUGCCAAUUAUUUGCAGCUGCAGUGCAGGCCACUAUAUCCCUGAUUCCCAAAAGCUGCUGUUGCUGCACAUGCUGCCUGAGAUAGGUAAGAGGCCUAGUGUAGGGGCAGGGAAGUUCCCGCAAUAGUAGCUAUUUUCAUAGGUAAAUCAAAGCAGUUGCCCAAAUGUAGAGGCACAAGUAAUUG